AUGUUUGCCAUUGCUGACAGCCCUUUACUUCAACUUGAAAUGAUAUCAACAGUGUACGAUCAAAGUUUGACACAACUGUUCAGACUGUUCAUUAUUUCCCUAAUUUUUGGAAUCGUGGUGCCUUUCUUCUUCUUCUUCUUCUUCUCCUCCCCUUCUUAUUUUUAUCCUCCUCUCUCCUCCUCCCCCUUCUUCUUCUUCUUCUUCUCCUCCCCUUCUUAUUUUUAUCCUCCUCUCUCCUCCUCCCCUUCUUCUUCUUCUUCUUCUUCUCCUCCUCCCUUUCUUAUUUUUAUCCUCCCUCCCCCCCUUCUUCUUCUUCUUCUUCUUCUUCUUCUUCUUCUCCUCCCCUUCUUAUUUUUAUCCUCCUCUCCCUUCUUCUUCUUCUUCUUCUCCUCCUCCCCUUCUUUUUUUUUAUCCUCUCUCCUCCCCCUUCUUCUUCUUCUUCUUCUCCUCCUCCCUUCUUAUUUUUUCCUCCUCUCCUCCCCCUUCUUCUUCUUCUUCUCUCUCUCCCUUCUUAUUUUUAUCCUCCCUCCUCCCCCCCUUCUUCUUCUUCUUCUCCUCCCCUUCUUAUUUUUUAUCCUCCUCCUUCUUCUUCUUCUUCUCCUCCCCCUUCUUAUUUUUUUAUCCUCCUCUCUCCUCCUCCCCCCCUUCUUCUUCUUCUUCUUCUCCUCCCCUUCUUAUUUUUAUCCUCCUCUCUCCUCCUCCCUCUUCUUCUUCUUCUUCUUCUCCUCCCCUUCUUAUUUUUCUCCUCCUCUCUCCUCCUCCCCCUUCUUCUUCUUCUUCUUCUUCUUCUUAUUAUUAUUAUUAUAUAUGCCGUAUCUAUUUCAGGAGAAAUAUCUAUCUAUCUAUCUAUCUAUCUAUCUAUCUAUCUAUCUGUUUGUUCGUUCUCUACAGGCUGAAGGUAUAUUUGCGACACCAUCUAUCAUAUAUCUAUCUACCUAUGUAUUUGUCUAUUUUAUUCUUUUUCUUUCUAUCUAUCUAUCUAUCUAUCUAUCUAUCUAUCUAUCUAUCUAUCUAUCUAUCUAUCUUAUCAUUUUUAUCUAUCUAUCUAUCUAUCUAUCUAUCUAUCUAUCUAUCUAUCUAUUUCAGUCUUUUAUAUCUAUCUAUAUCAGUCUGUCCAUAUCUAUCUAUCUAUCUAUCUAUCUAUCUAUCUAUCUAUCUAUCUAUCUAUCUAUCUAUUUUAGUCUUUUAUAUCUAUCUAUCUAUAGUCUGUUCAUAUCUAUCUAUCUAUCUAUCUAUCUAUCUAUCUAUCUAUCUAUCUAUCUUAGUCUCUCCCUCUCUCUUAAUAUCCACGUUUGCGGUUUGGGUUACAGUCAGAGCGUGCUACUUUUUCAUCUCUAUUCAUUUUUUCCCUCUUUCCUGAGAACGUCCUUAUUUUUUUCUUUACUUGUUUUUUUUCUUCUUUUUUUUUUACUUUUUUUUCUGUCUUUCGUUCCUAUUAUCCACCUCUUCCUUCCGUCUUUUCUUAAUUACUCAUUUAUUUUCUUGCUUUCUUUGUCAGUGACUUUCUUUCUUGAUUGUUACUUUCUUUUUCAUUCAUUUUCUUGGUCUUUGCUUUUCCUCUUCCCGCUUUUUUCUCUCACUUUUAGAUACAAACUUUUUGUUUUCCUUCGUUCUUUUCUUUUUCUUUCUUCUUUUUUCCCCUCUUUCUUUCUUUUCUUCUUCUCCACUCGUUCUUUUCUUUCUUUCUUUUUUCUUAAUAAAUCAUUUAUUACUCUUUUCCUUUCUUUUUCAUUCAUUUUCUUUCUUGGUCUUUGCUUUUCCUCUUCCCGCUUUUUUUUCUCUCACUUUUAUAUACCGUUUCUUGCUUUUCUUUCGUUCUUUUCUUUUUCUUUCUUCUUUUUCCCCUCUUUCUUUAUUUUUUCUUUCCACUCGUUCUUUUCUUUUUCUUUCUUUUUCUUAAUAAAUCAUUUAUUACUCUUUUCCUUUUCUUUUUCAUUCAUUUUCUUUCUUGGUCUUUGCUUUUCCUCUUCCCGCUUUUUUUUCUCUCACUUUUAUAUACCGUUUCUUGCUUUUCUUUCGUUCUUUUCUUUUUCUUUCUUCUUUUUCCCCUCUUUCUUUCUUUUCUUCUUCUCCACUCGUUCUUUUCUUUCUUUCUUUUUUCUUAAUAAAUCAUUUAUUACUCUUUUCCUUUCUUUUUCAUUCAUUUUCUUUCUUGGUCUUUGCUUUUCCUCUUCCCGCUUUUUUUCUCUCUCUUUUAUAUACCGUUUCUUGCUUUUCUUUCGUUCUUUUCUUUUUUCUUCCCCACUCUCUCUUUUCUUUCUCCCUUUUUUUUUAAUUACUCAUUUAUUACCCUCUUGCUUUCUUUUUCACUCAUUUUAUUUUGGGGUCUUUGCUUUUCUUCUUACUUCUUCGUUUACCUUUUUCUUUUUUUUUUCUCUCACCAAAUCUAUUUUUUUUUCUUUAUAUCUUUUUUCUAUUAUUAAUUUUCUUCGUUUUUCUUCCAUCUUUUCUUUCUCUUUCGUUCUUUGUCGACUCUUCUUAUUCUUCACUGUCUUUCUUUUUUCGUUUUUGUUCUUUCCGUCAUUUCAUUUUUCUCUUUCUUUUUCUUUUUCUUUUUUUCUUUCUUACUUUUUUCUUUUUUACUAA